AUGCCGCGGAAGUCGUGGAAGCCGAGGGGAGGCGCUGGAUGUGUGGCGCCCGCGCCGGAGCUUCACUGGAAGGCCCUAAACCCUAACCCCACCCCCGCGGAGGUCCCCGAGUGCUCCCGCUCCCGCGCCGCCGAGGUGUCCGACGACGACGCCUUUGUGGGCGUCCCCGCCGCCGCUGAGGAUGCUCUCGUGGAGGAAGAAAUAGCAGGAAAGCUGGCGAGGAUUGACAUGGAGUUGAGUCAGGAGGAGCUGCGCGCUAACUAUCAGAUGCAGGAGGACGAGAUAUUUGCCUUGGAAGCAAUUUUUGGAGACAGCAUAGUCAUAUUAAACAGAAAAGAAGGUCAACGGUCUUUCCAGUAUGUCAAUGUUGUUACACAGGUUCAUGUACAUAUUGAGAUACCAGAUGAUGGUAUAGAUGUCUCGGCAAGGCUCGACUAUGGUACCGGAACAUUAAAUUACGGGGAAACAUGUGAUGGUGAUGCCUCGGAUAACCUUGUUUACAAGUUUAGGGUUGAGCAUUUGCCUCCAAUCCUGCUAACAUGCCACCUGCCUUCGUCUUACCCGAGUCAUCAACCUCCCUCUUUCACCAUCUCCAUCGAAUGGCUGGACACAGUGAAGAUUUCAUCAUUGUGUCAGAUGCUUGAUAUGAUUUGGGAAGAGCAGCAGGGCCUGGAAGUAAUAUACCAGUGGGUUCAGUGGCUCCAAAACUCUUUACUUUCUCACCUAGGGUUUACUGACGAGAUAAUUUUAAGCAAGGGUGAUCUAACCUGUCAUGAAGAUGGUGGGGAUAAGCGUGCUUGUCGAGAUGAUUCUGCACCUGAUGUUAUAAUUACAAGGAUUAUGAGAUACGAUGAUGAUAAGCGUCAUGAAGCCUUCUUACAUGAUAUUCAUGACUGCAUGAUAUGCUUCAGCGAGUUUCCUGGUAAGUCUUAG